UGCACUUACUUCCAAAAGAUUUGUGACACAACAUAAACAUAAGUCACGUGACUACGUUCUUGAACGCUGAAACUAUCAUUUUUAUAAAUAUUUUCUGUCUGAUAUUAUUAUAAUUUCAUAUUAAGUAUAUGCACGUGUUUCAGUACGACUUUUAUUUUCAUUUGUGGUUUAAAAAAACAAUAUUUUAUUAACUCUCGAACUGAUUGGAGAGAUUUACUGUAGGCCUACCUACAGCUGUUUCCUGUUUAAAUCAUGUAAUCAAGAUGGCCACUUUCUUUGGAGAGGUACUGGAUGUCCGCUCUAGAGCUGUCGACGAUGAUGAAGACGAAGAUGAGCUUUUGAAAAACUUGAGGCAAUAAUAUUGAAUUAUUCAUUACCUCGGCAUUUAUUUUUUGUACCCAAUUACUUGAUAUUGAAUUAAAUAUUUUGUUUUAACAAUAUCAAGCAGUACUAUGACAAUGCAAAUUGAAUUCAAAUUCUUAAAAUUUGUGACUGGGUUGGCUUGGGCCCCGGUUGGGCGAGUUAAGUCCAAGAGUAAGAGUAUAAUUGGUGCUUCCGAGGCUGUGUUGCCAGUAGGAUGAAUAAAAAUUUAACAGUACCGACUAUAUGGGUUUGGUGCAAAGUGUAAAAAACAGGAUGAUAGGCUCAGAUAGGACCAAAACAGUUGGACCUGAAACUGAAACUGAAAGGAUGGGUAUGAUAACUUUCCCGUUUGUCAAUGUGCUUUACUCGCGUCAUAAACUGAAACUAAAAGAAUUGAAUUUAACUCAAAAGUAAAAGAAUCUCAUCAUUGCUGAUACCCUAAGAUGAACACUGGAAAAAAAGACACCUUAUUAGUAUUAGAAGCAAGCACUUUUUUUUGGAAGUGCUGUCUUUUGAUUGAAAAAUUAAGUACCUGUACUGUAUGCUAUUCAUUUCUAUCUGUAUGUCACAAUUUCACUGGACUUUUCAAACCCCCCCCCACAAUUUCAAAAAAAAAAAAAAAAAAGGAAAUAAAAUUUUUUAAUAAAAUUAAUACAGUACAGAGCUAAAAAUCGAAAUCUUUUCAAUACAUAACUGUGGCCUGUAGUUGACUUGGGGAACCUUUAUGACUUAUAAAAUAAUUAUAUACUUUGGAAGUUUUAGCCAGCCCUGUCGCUAACUGUAUUUUAGCCCAAUUAUACUAAAUAAUUGAAGUCCCACUAUUUUUAAACAUUUAAAUUUUUAAAUAUAAAAUGUUGAAACUAUGUAAUGUUGGUAAGUUAUUCAGCUAUCCCUGCAUGGCCAAUGGCCAGUUCGCGUCUUAAUGACUCUGUGUGUCAUAUCAUCAUGAGGCAUACACCUAUUUUAUAGCUUUAAAUUGAACAUUAUAAGUUAGAUUACUUCUGAUUAGUUAUUAUUAUAGUCAUAAUACAAGUUUAAAGUUUAAAUUAAAGUAUCAGGAGUAAAUCAGAUCGUAUUUGCAUGUAUUUAAAACUGUGCCAAGCCCAAUUUCCAAUACGAAAUAGUAUUCAUAGUAAACUGAUUUAUCCUUAAUUAUUAAGCUUGAUAUUUUAUUUAUUUAGCUUAGAACAUUUUUUAAUUCCCCAGUGAGCCGGUUAUUCUUUGGUCCAAAGAAAUACAAGAAGAGCUUGAAAAGUCACAAGAUAAAAAAUUCUCAUGCUCCAAUUGUGUAAUUGCAUAUGGCAUUGAGGCAAAUGGUAUGUUGGAGAACAAUAAAUAAAAAAAAUGCUUUUUAUAUAUUGGAAAGUGUUACCUUUUCUUAUAUCAAUUAAUCCAAUAUUUAAAAUUUAAAAAGUUCAUUGCACUACUUCAGGAAAGAAUUUGGUCUUAUAUAACUUUACUAAAUUUUCUCAGUUCAACUUAAGGGAGAAUGACAGCGCAUACUUUAACUUUAAUUCUCUUUUUUAAACAUAAUAACUUCAUGCAUUUAUAAAAGAUCCUCAAAUAGUAAAAUUUGCUCCAGUAGGGUCUAUGCUUUACCGUGAUGUUUGUAAGGAACUCUAAUUGUACAAAUUUUUCUUACGUCCAUUAAGCCGAAACUAUUAUAUUAAGCAAUAAGGUUAAAAAUUAUUCUUAUUUUUAUGAUUUUAUUUCAGCUUUCACUGAUAUCUAUAUAACACAGAAGGGCUACAAAAAGAUUGGUGGGAUAUUUCCAAGUGUUCAAGAUGAUGAAACAUGGGCAUCAUUAAAGGCAUCUUCUAGAGACAAAUCUUGUUUUUUAUACCAGUCUUUAAAUGAUCCUUCAGUUUUAGUGUGCCAGUGUAACAGGGAUGUUCUGCCGGAGGAGAGUUUUUGGUGGGCUAAAUUAGUAAGUAUCUGGUUGAAAACUAGAACUGUUUAUGAAGUGUACGAGAUCUAAUCAACAAGCUUGUUCAUCUAACUUACUGAUCCCAAAUCUACCUAUCUCUUGUAAAAUAUUACCAGCAUACAAAAUACAUCCUGUGUCCAACUACUCAUUACCAAGAUUGAUAAAUUAUGCUAAUCUAAGGUGAAAAGCUAAAUAUCUGGUAAAAACGAAAUAAAAGUGACAAGGGAUCAUAAAAAUAUUUAAUCUAUCAGUACGGUAAAUCAUUAAAAAAAUAUUUUUUUUGGUGCUUUGAGUAGUAUAUUUCUAUUUAAAAAUCAGCUUGUGGUAGUUAACAUUAAUUUAUUUUUUAGGGUUAAUUGAAUUAAUUAUCAGUUAUGUUUAUAAACACAUAAUUUAAACAAUUCUCAUUUUCUUUUCUCACUACAGUUCAUUGAUAAAUUAAACCUUUCAAGUGCAAAUAUAACAAUACUAGCAACCAGCAGCACAGGGACUUAUUGCAGUGACACUCCUGCCUCGGAGCUAGAGACUCCAUUCCUUAGAGCAUUAAAGACAGAUAAGUUUGAUGGUACUCUUGCUUGUCAAACCUUGGAGCAGCCGAAUUUACUGACAGGCUUUCCUGCAAUGUGUAUGCUCUUUAUUGCAUCUUUUUUUUUUUGCAUACAUUUUAAUCUGUGUGAUCAGUCAAAACACAUAAUGGUGUUUUUUAUGCAAGUACUGCAGUUAAAUAUUUAGUUAAACUUUGUUAAAAGUUUUUUAUUAAAAUGUCUCUUGUGAAAUAUAUACAUUAAAAAGUUAGUUUAAUUCAUGUUUUGGCAUCAUUUUGUACACAGUUUAAAAAUAAAACUUAAGUGUAUUUAGUUUAGUAUUUUAAACAAUUGAACCAAGGUAUUUAUUUACUAUUAAGAAAAUUAGAACAAACACAUUAACAAAGUUGAGUUGGAUAAAUGGUUUAAACUUAAACUUGAAAAUACACAUGUUUUUGAUGUCCUAAAUUUGAGCAUUUUCAUGGAAGUUUUAACGUUUUAUUCCUUUGUAUCUGUUUCAAAUUCAGUGAUGACAUUUUUCCAAAUUCACCAACAAAAAGCAGUUAUUUAUGUGUGCUACACAGAGACCAAAUACAUGAAUAUCAUGGAUGUGAAAACUUUUGUGCCUGUUUCUAAUGUUUCCCCAAUCAAAGACAUAGCCGCAGUAAGUAGUGUAUUUUUAAAAAUAUUUUUGUUGUUGUUGAGUUGUUUUUUUUAUCAGAUGCAGUUUGGUAUUUGAAUUUGAUCACAAAAUUAGAUAAACUUUUUAUUUCAACAAAAGGUUAAAACAUUUUGUGUGUAUCAAGUUAUUGAUGAAUUUCAGCUGUCAAAUUUUUACAUGGCUCUUUUAAUGCUGUAAGCUAAAUAAAGAAAACUAAUGGUCAUAUUAUAUAUAAAUAUUAUUAAAAAAAUAUAACUUCAAAUUGUAAUUUGUAUUUACUUAGCUUAAAUAUUUAUAUGGAAUUUACAGUUGAUAUUCAUAUACCAUGCAAAGAAAAAUUAGCUUAAAAAGGUUAGAAUUGACAGACAUUUCAUUAGUUGAAUUCAUUUUUAAAAAAAAUUCUUGUUUGCAGCCUGCCACUAACAAGGAUAAGUUGAUCAGGGACUUGGUAGAGCGACACACGGUACAUGACACCAUGUAUAUGUGAUUCAUCUUGUGUUCAGACCCAUUUAUAUUGACUGCAUUUAAUAACAAAUGGUUCUUUGCAAGUAAGGAGAAUUUGGCAUGCUUGGAGAAAUUUCAUGGUGUGAAUGUUUAUAAAUUUGAUUUGAAUGCUGCAAAUGUAAGGUUUUUGAAAUAUUUGAAUAUUGUAUUCUGUUUUCUAAAAAAAAAUUGUCAGGUUUGUUGAUGUCACAUUGUUUUCAGUAUAAUCAUAAUUACUGAUACUGAUAAUUGAUAUCAAAUGCAUUACUGUAUAUUAAAAAGAAUUAUUU